CUAAUGCGGACGAACGCUUGCCACUAUCUCUCUAGUUCCUGUCCCCUGUCCCGGUUGUUAUCCCGGAUUGGGGGUUGAUUUUGAGCUCAACGGCUGCGGCUGCGACUGCGCCGAGAGCCAAUGCUGGGGUGCAUUCAGAUUCAGUCAUUGCGAUCAUCACGUGAACGAAGGUUGUGCCGCGGAUCUAACAGAAACCCAGCGAAAAGAAGGAUUCGUUUUAAGUAAUGUCGGGAAAAAUCAUUAUGAAACGCAAGUGGAGCCAACAGGCCGAGGAGCAGCAACAACAGCAACAACAACAGCCACAGCCAGAAGAAGAUGUAGAACAAAAACGCCACCGACCUGACUCGAGACCCAUAACCCCACCUGCAGAAGCACCAGAUACUCCCCCUCUCGAAGAAGAUGCCACAGAUCCACAUAGCAUUCUAUUCGAGGCACUGCAAAAGAUAAUGGAACUGCAGGCAGAACUUGAAGGUUUCGAAAACGACUUGGACGAGCGAAAGGAGGACGAAGAGGAGGAUCAGCAAGAGGCAGCUCUUAAUGCCGAAGUGGCUCAAAACUUUGAGCACCCAUCGCCUGCCCCCGUUGCUGCCCCGCAGCGAAGUCAGGCCGAAGCUCUUGGUUUUGCCAUGUGCGCAAGGGAAACUCUGCUCUUCCUGCAGAGCGAAGGCAUCUCCACCGAAUCCGUCCUAUACAAGGCGCUCCUGGGCAAGCUAGUUGGUCAGAGCGAUGGCCUUCUCCAGGCGUGAAACGGAAUCAAAUCGGCGCGAGUGUAACCAAAAGCUUUCUAGUCAGCGAUCUCAUUGCAACCAAAAAAAAAAACGAGGGCUUAGCAUUUAAGGGAUUUCCAUUUGGAAAAGUAAAUUACCUAAGUUGUUUACUCUAGUCAAUUAUUGUAAAGCAAUUAAAAAAUAGUA